AUGCCCAGAUCAACAUCGUCGGGCUUCUCAAAGCGUGUAGUAUGUCAAUUUUGUGACAAACCAGGCCAUACAGCCAAGGUCUGCUACAAAUUGCAUGGCUACCCUCCAAAGAAUCAACCUCCUACUGCUCUUCAUACUAGGGCCAUGCUCCCAGGUGCAUCCAAUUGGAUCUUAGACUCGGGAGCUUCCCAUCAUAUAACAAAUGAGUUGGACAACAUGCACUUUUCUCAACCUUACACAGGUUCAGAUCAACUUCUGGUUGGUGAUGGAUCUGGACACACUGUGAUACGGUGGGAGAACUGA